AGACCAGAACAAACGCACGCGCCCAUCUCUCUCGCUCAUGUCUGGUCCUCUCGAUCCCCUUGCGCCGCCGCCACAGACGCUGGCCGAUUCCGGCCGCUCCGGUGAGCUCUAGCGCCGCCCAGCACACCUACGACUGCUCCUCGAUGAGCUCUGUCUAUUCCUCCGCAUCGAUUUGUUUUCCUCUGCUCCUUGUGGUCGCCCCCUUCAGUUAUGUCUUGCUAGGGUUUCGGUCUUGGUCGUGCUCCUCCUGCUCGCCGGGGGCUCCGCGUGCGCGGCCAAGCUGCCGCCGCCGCCGUGCAGCCGGUCGUGCGCGAUGCUCAACUGCGACUCGGUGGGGAUCCGGUACGGCAAGUUCUGCGGCGUGGGGUGGAGCGG